AUGGCAAACAAUAAUGUGACGGUAACUGUUGCUGCACCAACCCGAACUGCUAUACCACCAAUGAAAUCGAGAAAAUUCUCUGAUGUGAAUUUCAAAGGAUGGCAAGAAUGGUGUCUAAUUACGUUUAUUUUGACAUUUCAAAACAACAACUACAAAUAUGGGCCAUGUGGAAGAGCCAUCGGAGUGGACCUUUUAAACAAUCCUGAUUUAGUAGCCACAGACCCAGUCAUCUCAUUCAAGACAGCUAUCUGGUUCUGGAUGACCCCUCAUUCACCAAAGUCUUCUUGCCACGAUGUCAUCAUUGGAAGAUGGAACCCAUCUGCCGGUGACCUAUCAGCCAAUCGUCUUCCUGGAUUUGGUGUCAUCACAAACAUCAUCAAUGGUGGCCUAGAAUGUGGUUAUGGUAAUGAAAACAGGGUACAAGAUCGAAUUGGGUUUUACAGAAGGUAUUGCGGAAUUCUUGGAGUUAGUACUGGUGACAAUCUUGAUUGCGGCAACCAAAGGUCUUUUGGCAGCUAAUUCUAUGUAAUAACUUCAUUAUAUGUUUUGUUGUAUUCUCGCACAAUGCAAGGAUCAAC